AUGGCCCAAGCGGCACUGCGGGCUAAGAUCCAGAAUGGAGAUGUUCAAGAUGUUCUGAUAGGGAAUGUCCUCGCGGAGCUGGGCUUUGCAAAGACUGGUAGAAUGGCAAUCUUACACGCUGGUUUUCCGACAUCAACGACGUUUCACACCGUUAAUCGCCAGUGCUCGAGUAGUCUUCAGGCUCUAACUCACAUGGCCCAUGCCAUCCAAGCGGGUCAGAUUGAUGUUGCUCUCGCUGGAGGUGUCGAAAGCAUGUCGAAGAACUAUCAGUCUCGUGGAAUACCCCAAGACGUGGGUCCAACUCUGCGCAACACCAAGGACAAAGCAGCUGCGGACUGUCUCAUGCCUAUGGGCAUUACAUCGGAGAAUGUGGCUAAGAGAUAUGGAGUUGAUCGCAAAAUGCAAGACGACUACGCGCUGCUGAGUCACACUCGUGCAAAUGAUGCACUUGCUGCUGGUAGGUUUGAGGAGGAGAUAGUACCGAUUGAGUAUACGGCAUAUAAUAGCGAGACUGGGGAGACUUCACAGGUUCGGGUUGCUGCAGAUGACACUAUCCGGCCAAACGUGACUCUAGAGAAGUUGGCCAAGAUUAAACCAGCUUUUCUGGAGGAUGGUGGGAGCACCGCUGGAAACUCCCCACUUGCUUUUGAGGUCUUGCUGAUCACUGCACACAGGUCCCAGAUAUCUGACGGCGCAUCAGCAGCCAUCCUAGCUCGCCGCUCAUGGGCAACCGAUCGCGGCCUAAAACCAAUAGCUCGAUUCCUCGGAACCCAAGUCGCAGGCUGCGAGCCCGACGAAAUGGGCAUGGGACCAAUCUAUGCCAUUCCACGGCUGUACAAGCAUGUCGGUAUAGAGCAGAAAGACGUUGAUGUUAUUGAACUCAAUGAAGCGUUUGCGAGUCAGACUCUGGCGUGCAUUAAUAAACUUGGCUUGGAUGUCGAUAGUGUUAAUCCGAAUGGUGGUGCUAUUGCUAUUGGGCAUCCGACUGGAGCUACUGGGACGAGGCAGCUUGCGACGCUGAUUGCGGAGCUUGGGAGACGGGAGGAGGAGAUUGGUGUUAUUAGCAUGUGUGCUAGUACUGGGAUUGGUGUUGCGUCCGCUAUAAUCAUGGAGUAG